UUGGUCAAAAAUACCUUCCAGGUCGAGGAUUUUGAAAGUUUGCCGAACUCAGUGGGUUCAUACUCGACCAAAUUCUGGUUGAGAGAUUACGAAGAUUUUCGCAAACAAGGAGAGGAACUCGACCAUUCUGAUGAGUUCGAAGAUAUCAUGGUCGGUACGGCCGUGGAAUUCUCGCAAAACGGAAGCUCCGUGUUCCCAUCUGUAGUCAUACCAGAAGGGAACGAAUUGAAGCAGUUCCUUGAGUGGCCUGAAUUUUCAUUCUGGAAAGGAUUUCUGCAAGUGGAACCGGGCAAAAACAGGUAA